GAUGCCGGAACCGGAGCCGGAGCUGGAGACGAUGCCGGAGCCGGAGUCGGCGGGCUCGCCGGAGCGGCUCGACAGCUCGGGGCCGGCCGAGCCGGAGACAACGGUCAUUGAGAACGGCUCACCGGACCCGCGCGGCGGCGGCGACUCGGCCGCGGCUGGCCCGUCCGCCGCCAGGGCGCCGCACGCCGUCAACCUUCUGGACACGACGCCUCUGGAGUUGGACGAAGUGAUCGGCACUUCUGACGCCGACCCCGAGAUGGCGUUGGGGUCCAACGACACGUUUAUGCCAGCCACAGAAUUUUUCCACGACGCGGCGGCGCUGGACAGCCUGGCGGAGCACGGCGACGGACGGCUGGCGUCCAACAUCGCCCGCAACUCGCUGUUCGUCAAGUUCGACCCGCUGCUGGGCCGGCCCAGCGUGCUGCCCCAGCUGGAUCGACAGGCCGGCACCCAGCAGGAGGAGCCGCCGCCGGCGGUGCCGCGCCAGCUGUCCACCGUCAAGGCCGACCUGAUCGCCUUCUCUCCAGCCAAGGAGGCGGCCGAGCCGACCCCGGACGCCGCACAGCCCGCGGAGCCCGAGCCCGAGCCCGCUCCGGAGACGGCGCUGGCCACGACGGCCGCCGACAACAACCACGUGUCAGCGGCCGAUGGGCAGGCGCUCAAGAAGCAGGAGUUCUACUACCGCGCAGAGCUUCUCAAGCGCGAGAAAGAGCUGGCGACAAUGCGGGAGGCGUUGGCGAAGCCGAAGCAGCGGGAUGCGGAACACAAGCAGCAGCAGUUGAAACUCUCCAGGGUGGUGGAGCUGCACACCAAGGCGCUGGCACGGCUGGCGAUCGAGAAGGAGCAGACGGACGCGGCCGUGCGCGCCGUCAGCGCCGAGCGUGACGAGGCCCGUCAGGAGGUGGCCAACGUCGAGUCAAUGUUCGCCGACUUGCACCGCAAGUACGAGAAGAGCAAGAGUCUGAUGCAGGAGAACAGGCAGCGGAGCGAGACCAUCUCGAAGUCGUGGCAGUCGGCGCUGGACGAGGUGUCGCGAGAGAGGCAGCGCCACGACAUGCUGCAGAAGUACGCCGAGGACACGCUGCAGAGGUUGCGCGAGGACAUGGAGCUGGCGGAGAAGAGUCACGAGACGGAGCUGCUGCGUCUGACCACCAAGCUCCAGCUCCUGGAGAACCGCAACACCAAGCUCGAGCGCGAGAACCAAGAGGUGACGGCCAUAUGUGACGAGCUGAUACAGAAGAUGGGAGGCGCUCGGUGAUUCCGACCGCGCAUUUCCCGCCUCCAUGAUUGCUUCGCGUAGUGGCGCGGCGUGAGAUAAGUGCCUGGAAGACCGCUGCGACGUCUUGCUGCGCUGAAGGCCUAACUGCUGUAUUUUUAUUUUGUUAUAAAUACGUGAAUAAUACAGUUAAUAAACUUGUCCCCUAUGUGUCA